GUCUUAUGCUGUCGCAUCCAUUUAGAAUACGAGUGCAUCGCCGUUGUGUAAGCGUCAGCAGUUAUCUAUCCGUCCGCAGUGUAUACGUAGCCCAUUUUCCUGAUCAUUACGGUAGUACUAUAGAGUAGUUUUGGAGAAUCUUCGGCCUACACAUCACAUCACUCAAUGGUAGUUUUGCACAACAUUUGAAGACGGUUAAAAUUUACAGCGAUCGUACAUGGCAGAGGCGAAUAUUAUUUAUUCAAUGUCAGUGAUCUGGCUGUCAGUUGUGAUAUCCCGCAAUCAUAUGUAAUUCUCUAAAAUGUCAUGGCACAUCAGGAGAAGUGUACGAGCGUCCUAUUGCGCAGUAUUCAGGAUACAUUUACUAAGUACGAAACAGCGCGAAGUGUGCGCUUUCACUCACCGGUAGUCGCACUUUGCAACCGUUUGAUCCAGGGGACCGUUAUUGCGUAUAUCAUUAUAGUGGUAUUCCUGUUUGAUAAAGGAUAUCAACUGCAAGAGCAAGGCGAAAGCAGUGUUGUGGCCAAGGUGGUUGGACUGCAGCGUAACCUGAAAAAAGACUUCCAUGACAAUACGUCAACGUUCGAAGCGCUGGCAUUAACAUGGGAUUCCAGUGACACUGUUGUUCCGCCACUGGAAAACGACGCCGUGUUUAUAACCACGAAGCUGACGGCCACGCCCAAGCAAGUACAGACCGUGUGUCCAGAGGAUAAGGACGUGGGCGCAAACUGCCAGACGAAUGCCGAUUGCCGGAUUGGACGUUCCAUUCAUCUGGGUCACGGCCAUUUAGCCGGUACAUGCAAUGGAUCUACCGGCACCUGCGAUGUCCAUGCAUGGUGCCCUUUAGAAAAUGAAAAUCGACGAUCAGUUGAAUUAACCGGAGGAAGGGAUUUGGUAGUUCUGGUGAAGAAUUACAUCUUAUUCCCUAAAUACCGAAUACGAAGGAGAAACAUUGGGGAAUUAGACGAUGACUACGUAAAGAGCUGUGCAUUCAACGUCAAAACUGAUCCAUAUUGUCCUGCAUUCAAUCUCGGAUAUAUAAUAGAACAGGCGGGGGAGGAUUAUAAUGAAAUGGCAGAUAUUGGUGCCGUACUGAGCUUUGCCAUACGAUGGGAUUGCAAUUUGGACUAUCAUAUCCGCCACUGCGUGCCAAAGUACUCCUUUCGUCGACUGGAUGAAAAGAAAGGCGGCAGUUUUCCUGGUUGGAACUACCGACGGACGGGAUAUUGGGAGGAAAACGGCAGACAAAUUCGUUAUCUCCUGAAACAUACCGGCAUCCGCAUAGUCUUCAAUGUUUACGCCGUGGCCGGCAAAUUUAGUUUUGUUCGUUUUACUAUGAAUCUGGGCUCCGGACUCGGUUUACUGGGAACGGCAACAAUACUUUGUGAUUUUUUAAUUUAUCAAUGCGCCAGGAGAAAUACAAAGGAUUUUCGCACGCAAGCAGCAACACUGAUCGCGGAGAACGAAUUGCGCGAUGCCAAAUUGAACGGAGAAGUUUACUAAUAAUUGGAAUUUUGUGAUAUAGUAUAAACUGGCUUUGUUUAUUAGCUUUAUUGUAAUUUAAUAUCCGAUUUUCAUCUAUUUUAAAAGGGUCGAUUUUAAAUCAAACCAAAAUGGAUCAGAAAAUGCGCGGCAAGCUAAAAAGAGCAGUAAAUAACCUGCGAUAG